UUUCUGGCGCACUUUUACGCAUUUACCAUUAAAAAUGCCGUGUUUUUUGUGCACUAAACAUGUGGAUGACAACGUGGGCAACAUUGAGUUUCCUUCCGAGGAGGCUGACUCUAUGGGCCUGCAGCCCAUCAUCGAAAAACAUUUCUGGCUGCGGAUCCAUGACUCAGGCAGCGGCUACGUGUGCGGCGACUGCUGGGAGCAAUUGCUGAUCUUUCACAGCUUCUACCUCAGCGUGGAGCAGGCCCACAUGGCGCUGGAGCAGACGACGCAUGUGACGUUGCCUUCUCUGCCCACAGAAGUGGUGUCGGCGAUCCUCGGUGGAGGGGAGGAUGUGGUGAAGAACGAGGAAGGAGACAGCGUGGCGGCUGGCGUUAAGCGCCGACGAGGACGUCCCCGUAAAACGGAGCCAAAGGAUGUCAGCGAGGAGCUCAAGACCGUGUUGGAGCAGAUCAACCUGAAUGAGAUCAAAAUUGAGUAUCCUGAGGCGGAUCUGACUAUAGCCGAUGUCCUGGAAGACCAGGAGGAGCACGACUACAUGCCCAGCGACUGCGGCAGUGAGGACGAGGCUGGCGAAGACAUGGAGGAGGAGGAUGAGGAGGAGGAAGAAAAGCCAAAGCCGAAGCCGCCUAAGGUCCAGCACAAGGCUCGCGGUCGUCCCAGAGGACGUGGCCGCGGCCGCGGCCGCGGACGGGGACGGGGAAAAGUAAGCCUGCCUGAACGGCCAAAGCGAACCGGGGUGCCGAAUAUGGCAAAGUCGAAGGAGUUCAACGCGUACAUUCGGGAGCACUAUAAGGUCCACUGCCCAGUCUGCAGUUUGCCCAUGGAGGGCUUUUCGGAGAUGUUAGUGCAUGUGCGACGCGAGCACAAGCAGCGUGGCUACUCCACAUGCUGCAACCGCAAGUUCUGGAAGCGGGGCGUCCUGGUCGAUCAUCUGCGCCGCCACCAGGAUCCGGAACUCUUCAAGUGCGACAUCUGUCAUCGCGUAAUGGGCCAGCGUCGGAGUCUGGAGCUGCACAUGCGGAUGCACGAGAUCAAGGCAAACGGGCGCCGCUACCAGUGCGAGCAUUGCUCCAAAAGCUUUUACAGUGCGGUGGUGUGCGAGCGCCACAAGCUGACGCACAUUCCCCGGGAUCAGUGGCUCGUCAAGUGCACACACUGCGAGAAGACUUUUCCCACUCAGUAUACGAUGAAGCAGCACGUGAAGUUGGUCCACUUGAAUUUAUAUGCCAAGAUCUGCGAUGUCUGCGGUAAAUCCAUCCGCGGCAGGGAGGCUUUGGUCCGCCAUAUGGAGGAGCACACGGGCGCACCACAGGCAGCCAUCAGCUGUCAUCUGUGUGACUCAAAGCUGACCACCAAAUAUGGCCUGGCCCGGCAUAUAAAGAUGAUGCACACCGCCGAGAAUCUCCAGCCGAUGCAAUGCGAGCAUUGCCUCAAGAUCUCGCCCAGCCUGCAGGCGCAUCAGCACCACUUGAAGUACACCCACAACACGGCUCGCACUCACCAGUGCCCGAUGUGCGAGAAGGCCUUCAAGCGACCCAACGAGCUGAAGGAGCACAUGACCACCCAUACCGGGGAAGUGCUGUACACCUGUCCCCACUGUCCGCAGACCUUCAACUCCAAUGCCAAUAUGCAUGCCCACCGAAAGAAGGUUCAUCGCAAGGAAUGGGAGGAGAAUCGUCAUAAGCGGGUUUACCAGCCGCGGAAAGCGGACACGAUCAUUGCUGUAAGCGUGCGCAAGACGACGGAGGCACGACUCGUUGGGGAGGCAAAGGCUGCUACAGAGAUAGCAGCACCACCUCCGCCACCAGCAGCCGUAAGCUCUGGAGCCGAGUGCUAGCCCUUGGUGACCCUUUGACCUAAUAAAAACCAAAAUAAGACACUGU